AUUCCUGAUUAUACUUAGAGCUCGUGGAGCUGCUGACACAAACAGUCAUUAGCAGACAACCCUUUUGUAACAAACUAUGCUUUAAAAUGUAAACUGUGGGGGGCAUUUUCCUUGCGUUGUCCAGAAAGAACUUUCUCCUGCCUGAGCCUGGAUUAAUCAUGAGAGAGUUUGUCAACAUUCCACUGGUACAUAUUCUUACUCUGGUUGCCUUCAGCGGGACUGAGAAACUUCCAAAAGCUCCUGUCAUCACCACUCCUCUUGAAACAGUGGACGCUUUAGUUGAAGAAGUGGCUACUUUCAUGUGUGCAGUGGAAUCCUAUCCCCAGCCUGAGAUUUCCUGGACAAGAAACAAAAUUCUCAUUAAGCUCUUUGACACCAGGUACAGCAUCCGGGAGAAUGGGCAGCUCCUCACCAUCCUGAGCGUGGAGGACAGUGAUGAUGGCAUCUACUGCUGCAUAGCCAACAACGGCGUGGGAGGAGCUGCUGAGAGCUGUGGAGCUCUGCAAGUAAAGAUGAAACCUAAAAUAACUCGUCCUCCCAUUAACGUUAAAAUAAUAGAGGGAUUAAAAGCAGUUCUACCAUGUACUACAAUGGGCAAUCCCAAGCCAUCAGUGUCCUGGAUCAAGGGAGAUAGCGCUCUCAGGGAAAAUUCCCGCAUUGCAGUUCUUGAAUCUGGGAGUUUAAGGAUUCACAAUGUGCAAAAGGACGAUGCGGGACAAUAUCGAUGUGUGGCAAAAAACAGCCUUGGGACAGCGUAUUCCAAAUUGGUGAAGCUGGAAGUGGAAGAAGAAAGUGAACCUGAGCAAGAUACUAAAGUUUUUGCCAGAAUCCUGCGGGCUCCUGAAUCCCAUAAUGUCACCUUUGGCUCCUUUGUGACCCUGCGCUGUACAGCAACAGGCAUCCCUGUCCCCACCAUCACCUGGAUUGAAAACGGAAAUGCUGUGUCUUCAGGGUCCAUUCAAGAGAGUGUGAAAGACCGAGUGAUUGACUCAAGACUGCAGCUGUAUAUCACCAAGCCAGGACUCUACACAUGCAUAGCUACCAAUAAGCAUGGAGAGAAGUUCAGUACAGCUAAGGCUGCAGCCACCAUCAGUAUAGCAGAAUGGAGUAAACCACAGAAAGAUAACAAAGGCUACUGCGCCGAGUACAGAGGGGACAUGUGUAAUGCAGUCCUGGCAAAAGAUGCUCUUGUUUUUUUCAACGCCUCCUACGCAGACCCUGAGGAGGCCCAAGAGCUACUGGUCCACAGUGCCUGGAAUGAACUGAAAGCAGCGAGCCCAUUCUGCCGGCCAGCUGCUGAGGCUUUGCUGUGUCACCACGUCUUCCAAGAGUGCAACCCUGGAGUAGCACCUACUCCUACCCCCAUUUGCAGAGAGUACUGCUUGGCAGUAAAGGAGAUCUUCUGUGCAAAAGAAUGGCUGGAAAUGGAAGAAAAGACCCACAGAGGACUCUACAGACCUGGGAUGCAUCUGCUGUCGGUGCCAGAAUGCAGCAAACUUCCCAGCAUGCACUGGGACCCCAUGGCCUGUACCAGACUUCCAUAUUUAGCAUUCCCACCAAUGACAUCCUCAAAGCCGAGUGUGGACAUUCCAAAUUUGCCUUCCUCCUCCUCUUCUUCCUCCUCUGUCUCACCUGCGUACUCCAUGACUGUAAUAAUCUCCAUCAUGUCCAGCUUUGCGAUAUUUGUGCUUCUUACCAUAACUACUCUUUAUUGCUGCCGAAGAAGAAAACAAUGGAAAAAUAAGAAAAGAGAAUCAGCAGCAGUAACCCUCACCACACUGCCUUCUGAGCUCUUGCUAGACAGACUUCAUCCCAACCCCAUGUACCAGAGGAUGCCACUCCUUCUGAAUCCCAAAUUGCUCAGCCUGGAGUAUCCAAGGAAUAACAUUGAAUAUGUCAGAGAUAUUGGAGAGGGAGCAUUUGGAAGGGUCUUUCAAGCAAGGGCUCCAGGUUUACUUCCCUGUGAACCUUUCACGAUGGUGGCAGUAAAGAUGCUCAAAGAAGAAGCUUCGGCUGAUAUGCAAGCGGACUUUCAGAGGGAGGCAGCCCUCAUGGCAGAAUUUGACAACCCUAAUAUUGUGAAACUCUUAGGCGUGUGUGCUGUCGGGAAGCCUAUGUGCCUGCUCUUUGAAUACAUGGCCUAUGGGGACCUCAACGAGUUCCUCCGCAGCAUGUCCCCUCACACGGGGUGCAGACUCAGUCACAGCGACCUCCCCCCGAGGGCUCCGCUCUCCAGCCCCGGCCCCCCGGCCCUCUCUUGUGCAGAGCAGCUUUGCAUGGCCAGGCAGGUAGCCGCCGGCAUGGCCUACCUGUCCGAGCGCAAGUUUGUCCACCGGGACUUAGCCACCAGGAACUGCCUGGUGGGCGAGAACAUGGUGGUGAAAAUCGCCGACUUUGGCCUAUCCAGGAACAUCUACUCAGCAGACUACUAUAAAGCUAAUGAAAACGACGCCAUCCCCAUCCGCUGGAUGCCACCCGAGUCGAUUUUCUAUAACCGCUACACCACGGAGUCUGAUGUGUGGGCCUAUGGUGUGGUCCUCUGGGAGAUCUUCUCCUACGGCCUGCAGCCCUACUAUGGGAUGGCCCACGAGGAGGUCAUCUACUACGUGCGAGAUGGCAACAUCCUCUCUUGCCCUGAGAAUUGCCCCCUGGAGCUGUACAAUCUCAUGCGUCUGUGCUGGAGCAAGCUGCCUGCAGACAGACCCAGUUUCACCAGUAUUCACCGAAUUCUGGAACGCAUGUGUGAGAGGGCAGAGGGCAUCGUGAGUGUCUAAGGGUGAAAAUGUUCGGGUAAAAUGCUGAAAUCUCUCAGACUCUGUGAGCCAGAGGAAUUCUACACCGGAGGCCCAACGAGACCCAGAUAGGAAAGAACAAUCGUAGGCACCAGUAGCCUGUUGUUUGUUUCCCAAGAAAAACAAGGGCAGUGCAGAACCCACGUGGUAGACAGACCCAUUGAAAGUCGGUGAUUGGGAACAGAUGUAGGCUAGGAAAUGUGUCAGAUGACAGGAGAUCACUAGUCUUCCUCAUGGGGAAUGUUUGUAAUGCACAUCGUACAGGAAUGAAUGUCAUCUAGUUCAGUUCCUGAAUUAGCUGGCAGCGGAGUGCGGCUCUGUCCUGUUAAAUUUGAACACGAAAUGGGAUUCAGAGCUUUGUUUUUAGCAGAGUUAAUUCCUGUCCAUUGUGAAAGCAGUGUAUCUUCAUGUCAGAAAUUUAGGUAAAGCACAGAAAAUAAAAAGAAGGAAAAACGAUUCAUUCUUUCACCACCCAGAGAUGGGUGUUAGUUUUUUUUGUUGAAUUUCAUUCUUGCAUUUAAUGCAUAAACUUAUAUUUGUAUUACAGAGUUGUGGCUCUACUUUAUUGAUAGAGGGUUUCUAAGGAAUAAAAUGACGAAUAAGCGA